UCACAAUCUAUGUUCUGCAGUAUUUCAACUUCGACGGUCGUAUCUGUCGUUUCGUGCAACUUAUAGAUAUUAUCUAUCAUUAAUGUGCUCAUCUAAUAGACGUUUGGAAGGCAAAACUGCCUUGGUUACUGGAGGUACCUCUGGUUUAGGAUUGGUUAUAGCCAAAGAUUUUGCCAAACGGGGCGCAAAGGUUAUAGUCGCUUGCCCUUUUGAAGAAGAAGGCACAAAUGCAAGGAAAGAAAUCAUCGAAGAAUCUGGUAAUGAAAAUGUUAUCUUUAAACACCUUGAUUUAUCGUCCCUAACCUCCGUUCGUGAAUUCGCUAUGGAAAUUAAGAAAACAGAAAAUCGUUUGGACAUUUUAGUGAACAACGCGGGGGUUGGAAUACCUGGAGAUUUUUUAACCAAAGAUGGCCUCAAUUUUAUUAUGCAAGUCAAUUAUUAUGGCCACUUUCUACUCACACUACUUCUACUGCCCCUUCUAAAGAAAACUGGGACCAAAUCAGAUCCAGCGAGAAUUGUCAAUAUGUCAUCUCUGUCACAUAGAUACGCAAGUUCGGACGUUGACAAUUAUAACAGAGCCGGUUACUGGUGUACAAUAAGAACAUACAGUAAUAGCAAACUAUGUUUAGUAUUCUUCUCGAAAGAGUUGACCAGAAGAUUAUCAGGUACGAACGUGGUCGUGAACUGUUCCGACCCGGGCUAUGCUGCGACAAGAAUAUACAAAAGCACGAGCAAAUUUCUCGGCUUCCUAGCAUUUAGUUUGGUUCUUCUUUUUGCUAACACAGCGUUUCAGGGGGCGCAGACAGCAAUUUAUCUAGGCGUAGAUGAGUCUGUCAAAGGCAGUGGAGAGUACUAUAAAAAUUGUAAGAAAAUUGCUGCUGCCUCAAAAGCAAACAAUGUAUCAAGCAUUAAGAAAUUAUGGGAACAAUCAACUAAGCUCGUUAAACUGAGUGACGAAGAAUUGCGUGAGCUGUUGCAGAUAUAAUUAUAUCUGCAACAAUUAAUUAAUUAAUUACCCACGUGAGACACCUGUACUAACUCGAAGUUAUCUGUUAUUAUUUCGUAAUUUACGUGAUUUAUUUUAUAUGUUUAAAUAAUGAUAUUUAUUUAUUAUAACUUACAAGUAAAAACUAAUAACAUCAAUUAUUAGGGAUGCAAUGGGUAACAAGCGAUGGAAAAACAAAAGAAAUAAGAUGCUUAAAGAGAAAGAUUAUAUGUCAACAUC